GUCGGAUAUACCUGUGCGAUACUCCGGGGGUGUGUCUUCCGCACCCCCUCAAAGAAACACGACACAAAAUGUGGCGUGCAAGGACCAUCAGAAUAUAAUCCUAUAAAACACGCCCCCUCGUGACGCGGUUUCCAGUGGCAACGGUUGCUAGAUCACAAAAGUUUCCCGCAGCAACCGGUGUUUGGUGGAGCGUCGUUUCAGAUCACACUGCUUAGAAACCGAAAUGUCUCAGAAAAGCGGGUUAGAGGCUCUCGAUAUCGGCGCUUUGAGUUCGGAACAGCAGGAGAAACUCAAACAAUUUAAGAUCAAUACUCGCAUUGCUAACGAAAAAUACCUCCGGUCGCAUCCGGAAGUUGAAAUGAUAUUGGGCGAAUUUCUGAGAGAAAUCCUUUUAAAACGGCCCGGCGAUAUUCGGGAAUUUGCUGCAGAGUAUUUUACGGACCCCGCCCUUCCUGGGAGAAUUGUGAAGAAGCUGGAGGAGUAGGAAGCAGAAAUACAAACCGUUUACAUUGUGAGGACAGACUCGCUUACUUACACAGCAUCACCCCGAACUGUAGAACUGAG